AUGGCUUCGAAAGAAGACCGUAGCCCCCAUAGCUCCCGAGAAAGACAAAGACGACGCGAUCGACGAAGAUCUCGGACGCCGGAGGACUCUUCUCGGAGACAUCGAAGCCGUGACAGGGACCGAAGCCGCGAUAAGGACCGAGAAAGGAGACGCGACAAACAUCGGGACCGAAGUGGCGACCGUGAAAGAAGAUCUAGGCGUUCGCCGGAAGAAAGGGAGAGUCGUCGGCGUCCACGGCACAAUCGCUCUGGCGACGACGACUCCGAGCGCGACAGCCGCGCAUUAGCUCGGCGCCAGGAUGGUCCUUCGGUCAGAAGAUCGGGGCCACUACCCUCACAGGCAGAUUCUUUUGCCGGCACAGCAGAGGGGGGCGACGACCCCGAGAAGCCCAAAGAGAAGCCGAAUAUGGGAAACACGGGCCGGCUAGCGGCCUUGUCCAACUCGGUUGCCCAGGCAGACGGCACAUCAAUCGUGCUCAAGUACCAUGAGCCGGGAGAAGCACGAAAACCUCCGCCGAGCGAUCACUGGAAGCUCUUUGUUUUCAAAGGUGGAGAUAUUAUCGACACCAUUGAACUGAGUGCAAGGAGCUGCUGGCUGAUUGGGAGAGAGAUGGCUGUGGUUGACCUGCCCGCAGAGCAUCCGAGCCUCAGCAAACAGCACGCUGUCAUUCAGUUCCGCUACAUUGAGAAACGAAAUGAAUACGGCGACAAGAUUGGCAAAGUGAAGCCGUAUGUUAUUGACUUGGAGAGCGCCAAUGGAACCAUCUUGAAUGAUGAAAAGAUUCCUAGCAGUAGGUAUCUCGAGCUGAGGGACAAAGACAUGUUGCUGUUUGGACACAGUACGCGAGAGUAUGUCAUCAUGCUGGCUCCAAAGGAUUAG